UUGCUGUACAGCUGAGGGAGCCUCCAGACGGCAGCCUCAUUCCGCCUCAUUCCGUCAUUACCGUCGAGCCAGCACGUUCGUGGCGAACGGAGCGCGCUCGCCAACCGCUCCCGCGAAAAUCGCGAUAAAAAUUCAAUAUCUAAAAUCGACAUUCGACCGUUCGAUCAACAAAAAGUGAUUUCGUUCAAACUAGUCGUGCUCUUUGUUCUGUUCGAAUUAAUGUUUUUUGAAUAAAAUUAUUCAGGUGCCUAUUGUCAACAGCAUGGGAACUAUUAAAAAAUUACGGCGAAGUCUGCUGCUCUUAGCGGCUGUGUUAGCAGUACAGACGAGUGCACAGAAAAUCAAAGGAGAUGACAGUAUACAGGCUGUACCUAGUGACCUUAGGAGAGCAGUUAGCGAAGCACUAGCUUUAGAAAAGAGAUUUCUAUUAGGCGCUAGCGAUGCGCACAAUUGCACAUCAGACGAAGAUGAAUCGAGUAGGAUACCCUGCCCACCGAGCAAGUACCGCAGUGCAAGCGGGGAGUGCAACAACGUCAGACAUAGGCCAUGGGGAAGACGAGGCGAUGUCUUCCUUAGGCUGCUACCUGCUAAUUAUGUUGAUGGUGUAUCACAACCACUUUCAACGCCAUAUCUUCCGGAGCCAGCACUCGCAGUACAUGCAGCUGCUCAGCUGACUUCAGCAGCCGACCAUGACUAUGUAACCAGCAUGCUGGCUGCCUGGGGACAGCUUAUCAUGGACGAUCUCAUCAGCACUGCCAACGGAAACAAAGACUGCUAUGGAGCGACAUGCGAAUACGUUAGAUCUGCACCCACUAGAAACAUCGACUCCUGUGGCUUUGAACGCCGUGAACAAAUGAACUUGGCCACAUCAUUCUUGGACGGAUCUUCUUUGUAUGGCAACUCGGAGAAGGAACUCCGUUCCCUGAGGCUAUAUGAUGCUGGCAAAAUUGACCUGGACUCUUGUCGCAAGUGCAAAGAUGGCUCACCAACUGCUCCGUUGUACAAAACGUUGUUGUCUGAACACAAUCGCAUCGCUGGAGAACUUUACGCACUGAAUCCUUUCUGGGACGACACCACACUGUACCUGGAGACUAGAAGAGCGGUAGCAGCUAUCAUCCAACAUAUCACUUACAACGAAUUCUUACCCGUACUCUUGGGAGAGGUUGGCAUGGCAAAAGCAGAGCUGAAGUUGACAUCUCUUGGCUUCUGGCGCGGAUACUCAAGUGCAAACCGCGCUGGUGUCUACUCUGAACUGGUCGCCGUCGCGCCCAUCUUCCAGGCUAUGAUGAAUCAGAAACUGAUCAACACCACGACCACCUUGGAACACCUAGUGCGAACUAGCGCUCAGCACGUGUCUCACUUCCCAGCAUCAGCUCAAUGGGACCUCAACAGGGCACGAGACCAUGGAGUGUCUUCAUACCUCAGAGCUCUACGCAUGUGCGAACCUAUGGCCACCAUCAAGUCCUUCGGAGACUUCAGCAAAAUGGGCUUCGAUAGAACACAGCAAGAAAUGAUGGCUGAUAUGUACAAGAACCCCGAAGAUGUGGAGUUAAUGAUUGGAGGUGCUAUGGAGAAACCAGCAUCCGGUGCUGUUGUCGGGUCUACUAUUGCUUGUGUCUUAGCUCUGCAAUUCGCAAACUUGAAGAAGAGUGACAGAUUCUGGUAUGAAAACGACUUACCGCCCUCAUCACUAUCACCCGAGCAACUUGGUGCUAUCAGGAAAGUGUCUCUUGCUGGAACCCUCUGCGCUUCUCAGGAUUAUCUAUCGACCAUUCAACCAAAAGCUUUCGUGAGAGAGGAUCCUUAUCUUAAUGCACGCCAACACUGCUCGCAACACAACCGUCUAGAACUGUCUGCGUGGAGAGAUGAGAGCGGUGCCAAGGCCGCGGAGAGAUUGUCACAGGACAUGCUCGCUACUGCUCUGGAGAAGGCUAAACAGGAGAUGGCUGAUAGGAAGAAACUCGAAUAUAUGCUGUGGGAAGCACGUGGAGGAGCUGAUCCCAAAUCUCCAGUUGGUACAGCGGCUUCGUUCUCCAAAGCUAACAAAUAUGCUCUGAAACUGGCCAACACUUCAUUGUUCCUUGAGUUUGCUACUAAUGAACUCAUCAACACUAUUGGCACCAACCACCGUCGCAAGCGUCAGAUCUUCGACGACUCUCUCGGUUUUGGCACCACAGACUUUGUAGACUCUUUACAAUCAGUGGACAUCAGCGGUUUCCUUGGCAAUGACCAGUCAGGACCCAUCAUCGAACCUCAGUGUGACGACAAGGGCUCAUGCGAACCAGACAACCCUUUCAGAACAUACACAGGGUAUUGUAACAAUUUGAGGAACCCUAACUUGGGUAAAGGAUUGACGACUUUCGCCAGGUUGUUGCCACCUGUUUAUGAAGAUGGUGUAAGUCGUCCGCGCAUCAACUCAGUAACAGGCACGCCUCUACCGUCCCCUCGUGUGGUAUCUACAGUGAUCCAUCCUGAUAUCUCCAAUCUACAUACACGAUACACCCUCAUGACUAUGCAGUUCGCUCAGUUCCUCGAUCACGAACUUACUAUGACGCCCAUCCACAAAGGUUUCCACGAGUCUAUCCCCGACUGUCGCUCCUGUGACUCCCCUCGCACGGUGCACCCAGAGUGCAAUCCGUUCCCCGUACCACGUGGCGAUCACUACUACCCUGAAGUGAAUGUUACGUCAGGAGAGAGGCUCUGCUUCCCCUUCAUGAGAAGUUUGCCUGGUCAACAGCAGCUUGGUCCUCGUGAACAAGUGAACCAGAACACAGCCUUCAUCGACGCCUCAGUAAUCUACGGUGAGAACCCUUGCAUCGUCCGCAAACUGCGCGGUUUCAACGGAAGACUGAACGCUACCACCAACCCUGCUAAUGGAAGAGAACUGCUGCCUAGAAGUGAUAACCAUCCUGAGUGUAAAGCUCCUAGUGGAUUCUGCUUUAUUGCUGGUGACGGCCGAGCAUCAGAACAGCCAGGUUUAACAGCAAUCCACACGAUCUUCCUCCGCGAACACAACCGCAUUGUAGAAGGUCUGCGCGGCGUCAACCCGCACUGGGACGCCGACCAACUGUUCGAACACACGCGUCGUAUCGUCGCCGCCACCUUCACACAUGUCAUCUACAACGAAUUCCUGCCCAGAUUACUCUCAUGGAACGCUGUUAACUUGUACGGACUUAAGCUGUUGCCUUCAGGCUACUACAAGGAAUACUCCCCAACCUGCAACCCCGCCAUAGUGACGGAGUUCGCGUCAGCUGCGUUCCGUUUCGGUCACUCCCUGUUACGUCCGCACCUUCCUCGACUGUCGCCCAGCUUCCAACCUGUCGAGCCACCGAUCCUACUCCGAGAUGGAUUCUUCAGGCCCGAUAUGUUCAUGUCUCACCCACCAAUGGUAGACGAGCUGAUGCGUGGUCUUGCUUCUACUCCCAUGGAAACCCUCGACCAGUUCAUCACUGGAGAAGUCACCAACCAUCUGUUUGAGGACCGUCGUAUUCCCUUCUCUGGUGUCGAUCUUAUCGCCCUCAACAUCCAAAGAUCAAGAGACCACGGUAUUCCAAGCUACAAUAACUACAGAGCGCUUUGCAACUUGAAGAGAGCGACUACCUUCGAAGAUUUGGCUAGAGAAAUUCCUGAUGAGGUUAUCGCUAGGUUCAAGCGCAUCUACGCGACUGUAGACGACAUCGAUCUGUUCCCUGGUGGUAUGAGCGAGAGACCGCUACAGGGUGGUCUGGUGGGACCUACCUUCGCCUGUAUCAUUGCCAUCCAGUUCAGGCAGCUUAGGAAGUGCGACAGAUUUUGGUAUGAAAACGACAACCCGGCAGCUCGUUUCACAGAACAGCAGCUUGCAGAAAUCAGGAAGACCACAAUGUCCAAACUGAUGUGCGAUAACUUCGACCAUCCUGGAGAUAUACAGAGGGCUGCCUUCGAUCUGCCUAGCAACUUCUUGAACCCUCGUGUAUCUUGCGCAUCAUUACCACAACUGGACCUGUCGGCGUGGCGCGAGAGCUCGGCACAGGGUUGUCUCAUCGCGGGCAGAUCUGUCGCCGUCGGAGAGUCCGCCUUCCCAUCUCCUUGCACGUCGUGCAUAUGUACUGUUGAAGGGGCUCAAUGCGCUUCCCUACGCAUAACAGACUGCGCACAGCUACACCGCGAGUGGCCCCGCGAGGCAGUACAACGCGACGACGUGUGCACGGCGCAGUGCGGCGCCAGCUCCACCGCGCAUGCGCCGCGCCCCGCCCGACGACCUCAUCUCAACUUCAACUUCCCUGACCUGUCACCAUUCGUCGCCAAGUGAUCGCCUAUGUAACACCCUACUCUGUAUAAUGUAAUUAGUGUUUUGUCAAUAAUUGUAAAAAAAUUAAAUACUCCUAAUGAGGCAGCCCUAUAGACAUGUCUAUGGGGAUUUGACAUAAGCUAACGUCAAAUUUGACGUAUGCAAAUGUCAAUCCCAUACAUUAAAUUUUUAAUUCUAUUCAAUUAUCGAUUAUGCAAUUUAUCAAGGAAUGCUCUUAGAUGUGAACAAGGGAAAAUAAAUGAUUGUCUUCCUAAUUGAUAGAACAUCUUACAUUUAACAGAGCAAGGGUUUUGGUGAAGCUAAUAAUUUAAGAAAAUGAGAUUGACCAACCCAAAAAUGUAUGUAGCGCAAAACGCGCUCGUUCAAUCCUAAAACAUAAGGACAAAAAAGCAAAUAUUAGACAAUCUCUUGCGUAAUUUCAAGGUCAAUUUAGAACAGAGUUACCACAAGUUUACCACUACAUUGAAAUAAUAGUCAACCAUACUAUACGUAUCCAAGUAUUCAUAUAAUUGACUGAUGUCUUGUCUCAUUUAUACUUUGUUAUGUAUUUAGUUUAAGUAUUCUUUAAGACCAUUACUAGUUAACUGCCGUACUCAGAGACAUUUAAUGAUCACUGAAACUAUUCCUUAGACUUUUCUUCCUCGACAAUUGCUAAGGACUGGGUUAAGUAACCAUUAAAUGAUCGGAGUACGGCGGUAAAUCCGAAAUGGACGUCUGUAGCCGAACUAAAGCUAUAAGGUCCCACUAAGGAACAAAAUGUACAAACGCUGUAGAUUAGAAAAUGGUUAAAAAUAAGUUCUAUUUUCUAAAAUUCAGUAAUGUCGUGUAUCAAUAAUUUCAACGUAAAAUAUUUUAAAAAUUUAUGAAUGUUGUCGAUACUUAUUUAAUGGUAUUCAUUCGUUUUCUAAACUCGUGAUAUUGUUUAGAAUGUUAUUUUGAGGAAAGAAUGAGUGAAUUUGUCUGUUUUUUUAUUUUAUUUUAUGUUAUUGUAAACAACUUGUAUGCGGAAAAUCUUUAGGAAUACUAGGAACGCAUGACAUGCAUGCUAAUAGUUCUGCUCAUGGCCUGAAUUCUCUCUGGCCUAUUAGGUUGUAAGUUAUAUCUAUUUUAGAUCAUAUCGUGGUCUUUAUUUCUCUCGUAUGCAAAUGUUUCACGAAUAAUUAAUGUUACGGCCAUCAUGAGCUUUAAAUAGAUGCAGUGAUGUUUAGCGACACGCUAUUAACUACUUUAACUACACUGCAUUAGAUAUUACAAUAGAAUAAUUCAAUAGUAUUGAAAACGUAAUAACAUUAUGAACUUUCCAUAACGACUUGCUACUUUUUUUCACUGCAAUAGAGUUCAAAAUAUCAAAAUACAAAUCGCAUUUCCGUGAAUGUAGACGGAAAACGCCUACUGAAACUUUCAAAUUUCUUUAGCCUUCAUCACGUUCAUACAUCUGUUCAUAGAAUCCAAAAUUAGUUUACAAAACAUCUACUGUUAUAUCAAAUGUAUCAUAGAAUAACCGACAUACCAUCCAAUGUACCGAUGUUACCAUACUAAUAUUAUUUUAACCAGAUUCCCCGUUUUCGGGGAGAAAAGCUGAGGCCAAAAGUUUUAGUCUCCAAUAAUUUUAAUACUUAUUUGUGUCUAGCUCACUAUAUUCACUGCCUAGUUGUGCCUAGGAUUAUAUAGGUUCUUGUAAAUUAUUUUGUAAUAUAUUGGAGUAAUUAAUUAAUAAUAAGUGUAACACGUUCUUUAGUUGUAAUUAUUUUAAGUUCUACGAUAUGAAAUCUCACCUAGACAACGAAAAUUGAAUAUAAAAUAUUUUUUAUUUAUAA